AAAGAUCUUGGAUGCAAUUUUCCGAGAGACAGCAUGCACUUGAGCUGGCAUGAACUCCAUACGUUUCUGCAAAAACUGAUGAACCAUGUUAUCCAGCAUGAUUUGAGAAUGUUUCAAAGAACAUUUUGUGAGCUUCAAUGGAAGCAAGGAAAUCCGACCCUCUGUGCAAAAGUUAACAUGGUGAAAGUCACAAAUUUGCUUUCUUUUGAUUAUUGACUUAGAAAUAGUUCAGAACAUUAAAUAUAUCUUAUAUAAUGUCAAAUUAAAAUAAAAAAUCCAAUAAAUUGGUUUAUUUCCAAUUUUAAAUAGAGUUUGAAUACCCGAUUUUUACUGUUAUAUCAGACUGUAAGACCCCACAAAGAAAGUAAAAACUUUCUUGCAUGUAAAUUAUGCAUUAAAUAAAAAUGAUAUGCAGCUCUGCGCUUUUUAUCUGGCCCCGUAGGUGACCUAUUCGCUCUUCAGGAUCUUGCUGAUUAUCCUGCUGCAUUCACUGAGGUGGAUAGCAGGGGAUGGUACCCACUUCAUAGGGCUGUGGUCCAGCAGUCUGUGCAGGUGUUGGAGAUGGUACUUUAUGCUUCUUACAGGUUAACUUUAGAGGAGGAAACUGCAGAAGGAGAGACACCAUUGAUUUUGGCUAUACAAGCUGGGCUGGUGGAGAUUGUUAGGACCCUGCUGGAGAAUGGAGCUUCACCUAAUAAGACCAACAGCAAGAAUGAGUCUCCUCUAUUACUGGCUGUAAGAACAGACUCGUUUGAAAUUGCUUAUACUCUUUUAUCACGGGGAGCAUCGGUGAACCAAGCCUGCCUUAAAAAAUGGACAGCCAUUCACGAGGCGGCCAAAGUGGGCUGUAUUGACAUCCUUCAGCUCAUGUUAAAACAUGGAGGAAACGUUUCAGAGACAGACCAUAAUGGAGUAACGGCCAUGGCGAUUGCUGCAGAGUACGCCCAAGCAGAAGUACUGGAUAUCCUGAUUCACUACGGUGGCGAUGUAAACGCUCAGGCACCAAAUGGGGACAGUGUGCUAUUUGAUGCUGCUGGUUCUGGCAAUCCUGACUGCAUUGAGCUUCUUCUUCAACAUGGGGCCAAUCCUAACAUCGCUAAUCUUUCUUCACAGCUUCCCAUCCACCACGCAGCCUAUGAAGGGCAUUACCUUGCGCUGAGAAUGCUAAUACCCAUAACCACAAGGAAAGCUCUCCAUCUCUCAGGCCAGAGCCCCAUUCACUCAGCAGCAGAUGGAGGCCAUGUCCAGUGCCUGGAGUUCCUAGUGGACAAAUGCUUUGAUGUUAAUGCUCUCCUAGACACUCACAUCUCCGAGAACUAUGGGGACAUGAGACAGACCGCCUUGUACUUUGCUGUCUCCAAUGGAGAUGUGACCUGCACCCAGGUGCUGUUAAAUGCAGGAGCCCAAACUGAGCUGGAUCCUCUGCGCUGCCUCUUAGUGGCAGUUAGGGCUGGGAGGUACGAGAUUGUCAAGAUGCUCCUGGCCAAACAUGCGGAUGUGAACUGUUUCUUCACAGUGGUCAAUGACACAGUGUUCCCUACUGCGCUACAGUACUGCCUGAAGGAUGAAAUGAUGAUGCGGCUGCUGCUAAACAGUGGUUAUAAUGCGGAAAAAUGCUUUAGUUGUCAUCAUGAUUCCACAUGGGGUCACCGCUCAGAACAUACCAACGAGAAGAUCCCAUUUUGUGAUUUCAUCAGCGUCUCUUGGCUAGUGCAGUUCUCAGGAAAAGCCGUGCAGGUUCUCUUAGACUAUGUCAGUUGUGUUCCCAUCUGUUCAAAGCUGAAAAUGGUUCUGAAGAGGCAUAAAGAGUGGCCCGAAAUUUCAGAAAUUUUGGGAAACCCUCGAUCACUGAAACACCUGUGCAGACUAGUUAUCAGGAGAGAGAUGACCCCAUGCAGGCUUGGCGACCCAAAGUUCAUAAAAUCAGGUCCUUUCCCACCGGGACUGACAGGCUACCUGAUGUACAAAGAGUAUGAUUUGUAUGGGAAAAUUAUAUGUGAGUAGUGAAGUUUUAUUUUUCGAAAGGUGAAAGUUGAGGAGGAAUUGAGGGUAUAGAUGUUUGAAAGCACUUUAUUUUGAGUUUUAUUCAGAAAUGAACAUGAGGUUGACAUGACCAGAGGUUUCACUACAGUAUGUGUAUGAUGAGUUCAAAUCACAAAAUAUUUCAAUGUGGAUUUUCUGUUACGUUAAAAGGACUUUGCCUCUGCAGCAAUGUCUUGGUGCCCAUUUGUGCAAUAAAAAAAUGUUCUA